GUCAGUUUCGAGUCAGCUUGACUCGGCACAUCUCUAGUAAUGCCAUUGCUUGCACGAGUAGCUACCUGUAGUAGAUACUGUUUUUAUAAAUUAUUGUUUAUCGUGUUUCUCUUCUCUGACUGUCCGUCCUGGAAGUCUACUUACGCUAUAAAUUCGUAUUUGAUAAUGAUAAAUCUGUCAUAUAAUUUUAGAUGUAUGUAGCCAUAACAGACAAGCAAAGGAUAAAAUUACAGUACCGCAGUUCUGCUUCUGAAUCUGCCGUUGAAAAAAUUUGUUCUGAAGUACCAAGUUACUAUAAAAAGCACAAAGGUUUUGAAAUGAAGACAAAAGUACAAUUUGUGCCCACCUCUUGCAGAAUAUGUCUCAACGAUGGAGAUAUACAAAUAUAUGGCGAAGAAAAUCAGUGUCAUAUUCCUACGGCCAUCUUCAUGCUAACAACUGUAGAAAUUCAAGAGGAUGAUGAAUAUCCAAAGUAUUUAUGUCACGCUUGUAAUGAACAAUUACAAAGUGCAUUAUUAUUUAAACAGAUUGCACAAGAAACUGAUGCGUUGUUAAGAGAAGCUGGUAACAUUUAUGCACCAGAAGAAGAGACAUCCGAGAAUGAUGAAGAACAUAAAAACAUUUAUACACGAGAAGAAGAGGCAUCCGUGAGUGAUGAAGAACAUAAAAAAAAAAGAUUGCAGACUCUUAAUUUUAAAAGGAGUGGUUUCAAAGAGACCUUGGAGGAUGAACACACUACAUUCCACUGUAGCAAAUGUGAUUUGGUUUUUUCAAAUUCUAAAGCAUAUGCCAAACAUAUGUUUACAAAAGAACAUAAAAAUGCAAGUGAUACCUGUCCAUUUUGCUGCAGGCAAUUUAAAUGCAUUGUGACACAUUUAGCUAUACAUAAAAAAACUAAAACACACCAAUGUGAUAUUUGUGGACAAAAAUUUCUGAAACCAUCUUAUACUCGUCACCGUAAAUCUCAUUUUGAUAAUUUACCAUUUAAAUGUCAGGAAUGUCCAUACGAGGCACGGUUCAGUGCAGACUUCAAAAUUCACAUGAGAAAACAUACUGGCGAAAAGCCAUAUAAAUGUAACAAAUGCUCUUGUCGGUUCACUAGCAAAAGUAAUCUUAACAGGCAUAGUUUUACUCAUAAAGAGUAUAGCUUUGCAUGCAAUGUCUGCAAUAAGGGGUUUGUCACUCAAUCAAAAUUGGUUGAACAUAUGACUUUGCACACUGGCAAAAAGGCACACCAUUGUAUUAUUUGUAAUAAAAAUUUUGUUUACCGCCGAGCUUUAAUGAGACACACCUUAAAAGUGCACAAAAGGGAAAAAUUAAGAAUUGGAAGAACUCCAAAUUAUUUGAAAUCAAAUAUUAUUACAGAUAAAGAUUGUAUAGAAGAAUUCUUAGUUAUAUAAAUAAUCUUUUUGGUAAAAAAUUUACUUGAUAUGUAUUAUUGAUAAGGUUUUUUUUGAAUAAAUUAAAAAGGUAAUGA